CUUCAGGUUCAGCUACUGCUUCUCUUACGGCAGUUCUUGUCUAUCAGUGUCUACGUGCACGGCAUACUCACCUCUAUCGUCUUAUCACAGACUCGAACUGGUUUCAGAUUUCACCAUAGAUCGUUCUGUAAAUCCAGUCAAUUUGUUUCAAAACACCCAAAUCAUAUUUGCCUAUAGUUCCAUAGAGUCACUCAACAGUGCUAUUAUCUAUUACCAUUACUUUUCAUAACUCCCAUACAGCAUGUUCCAGGCUAGAGCCAUUCUUAGAGCUGCCCGUUCCUCUCGUCCUGCAUUGAGAACCCCAGCCUCAUUUGCACCCAGAGCUAUCUCAUUUGCACCCAAAACGGCUAGCUUGAGAGCUUUUGCUACCAAAGCGGACACUUCAUCUGUCAAUUAUGCCAAGGUGUACAACCCCAACUCCGAAAAGGUGUCCAUCGGCAACUUGGACACUUUUGCCAGAAGACACAUAGGCCCCACUCCAGACAACGUGACCAAAAUGUUGUCCUCCUUGGGCUACAGUGACUUGGACGAAUUCUUAAGCAAGGCCAUUCCUGAACACAUUCUCUACAAGAGAAAGUUGAAGAUCGAGCCUGCGCAAGGUUUCACCGAAUCAGAAAUGCUUGAGCACUUGCACGAAAUUGCUGGCAAGAACAAGAUCGUCAAGUCAUUCAUUGGUAAAGGUUAUGCUGGUACCAGAUUGCCACCAGUGAUACAGAGAAAUUUGUUGGAAAGCCCAGAAUGGUACACUUCGUACACACCUUAUCAGCCAGAAAUCUCUCAGGGUAGAUUGCAAUCGUUGCUUAACUACCAAACCAUGGUUACCUCUUUGACUGGCUUACCCAUGGCCAACGCCUCGCUUUUAGAUGAAGGUACUGCUGCUGGUGAAGCCAUGUCUUUGUCUUUCCACAACUCGAAAAACAAAAAGUCUACUUACGUGGUUGACUCUAACAUCCAUCCUCAGACCUUGCAGGUGAUCCAAUCUAGAGCUGAAAAGAUUGGUGUUAAGAUCGUAGAAUUGCCAUUGUCAACUGAAGAAGGUGUAGAACAAUUGCAGAAGCUUUCUAGUGAUGUUUGCGGUGCCUUGGUUCAAUACCCAGGUACUGAUGGUUCUCUUUACAACUACUCUAAGAUCGGUGAAAUCGUCCAUGCUGGUAAGGGAUUGCUUGCUAUGGCUACCGACUUGUUGGCUCUCACUAUGAUCAAGCCACCAUCUGAGUAUGGUGCCGACAUUGCCUUGGGUACUUCGCAGAGAUUUGGUGUUCCAUUCGGCUACGGUGGUCCACAUGCCGCUUUCUUUUCUACCAGCAUGAAGUAUUCCAGAAAGAUUCCCGGAAGAAUCGUUGGUGUCUCUAAGGAUAGAUUAGGCAAGCCAGCUCUCAGAUUAGCCUUGCAAACCAGAGAGCAACAUAUCAAGAGAGAAAAGGCCACCUCCAACAUCUGUACAGCUCAAGCUUUGUUGGCUAACAUAUCUGCCAUGUACGCUGUAUACCACGGCCCAGAAGGAUUGAAGAACAUUGCUAAGAGAGUGUAUGGUUUCACAACUUUGUUGGCUAACGAAAUCGCCUCUUCUCACGAAAUUACCAACAAGAACUGGUUCGACACUUUAACUGUUAGAUUGAGCGGCACUACUGCGGAUGAAAUUUUGGCCAAGGCUUUGAACGAACACAACAUCAACUUGUUCAAGGUCAAUGAUUCCACUGUCUCUGUCACCUUGGAUGAAACAGUAGAAGCCCAAGAUUUGGCCAGUUUGGUCGAAGUUUUCACCGGUAAGGAGUACGACGUCGCUUCCAUUGGUGAAUUGCCUCAAUUCCCAGCAGAAAUCUUGAGAACCGACGACAUCUUGACCCAUGAAGUAUUUAACACCCACCACUCAGAAACUGCUAUGUUGCGUUACUUGCAUUUGUUACAGAGCAAGGACUUGUCGCUUGCAAACUCCAUGAUUCCUUUGGGUUCUUGUACCAUGAAGUUGAAUGCUACUGUUGAAAUGCAAACGUUGUCGAUUCCUGGCUUCAACUCCAUCCAUCCAUUUGCUCCUAUUGACCAAGCCCAGGGCUACAAGGAGUUGGUGGACGAGUUUGAAAAGGACUUGAACGAUAUCACUGGAUUUGACGCCACUACUUCGAUGCCUAACUCCGGUGCUCAGGGUGAAUACACUGGUUUGUCUUUGAUCAGACAAUACCACAAGUCCAGAGGUGACUACGAGAAGAGAAACAUCUGUCUUAUUCCUGUCUCAGCCCACGGUACCAACCCAGCCUCUGCUGCCAUGUGUGGCUUGAAGGUGGUACCAAUCAAGUGUUUGGACAACGGUUCCAUUGAUUUGAAGGACUUACAAGAAAAGGCUGAAAAACAUGCUGAAAACCUUUGUUCCAUCAUGAUCACCUACCCUUCUACCUACGGUUUGUUUGAGCCAGGUGUCAAGACAGCUAUUGACACUGUUCACAAGUACGGUGGGUUGGUUUACUUGGAUGGUGCCAACAUGAAUGCUCAGGUUGGUUUGACAUCGCCAGGUGACUUGGGUGCUGAUGUUUGUCACUUGAACAUCCACAAAACCUUUGCAUUGAGUCACGGUGGUGGUGGUCCGGGCCAGGCUCCUGUCUGUGUUAAGGAACACUUGAAGCCAUUCUUGCCUUCUCAUCACUUCCUCCAGACUCCUCACUCGACUUCUGAGUCCAUCAAGGCCGUCAACUCGGCUCCUUACGGUUCAGCUUCUGUCAUCCCAGUGUCUUACUCAUACAUCAAGAUGUUGGGAGCCGAAGCCUUGCCAUAUGUUUCUACAAUUGCCAUGUUGAACGCCAACUACAUCUUGAACAAGUUGAAGGACCACUACAAGAUCUUGUUCAUUGACCCCAAUGCCUCUGCCGACGAAGGCUUGAAGCACUGUGCUCACGAAUUCAUCUUGGACUUGAGAGAAUUCAAGGCUGUCGGCAUUGAGGCCAUUGAUGUCGCCAAGAGAUUACAGGAUUACGGUUUCCAUGCCCCAACCAUGUCUUUCCCUGUUGCCGGCACCUUGAUGAUCGAGCCUACUGAAUCAGAAAACUUGGAAGAGUUGGACAGAUUCAUCGACUCGUUGCUUGCUAUCAGAAAGGAAAUCGAAGCCUAUGCCAACAAAGAGCCAUUGGGUUUGGUGUUGAAGAACGCUCCCCAUUCAUUGGAAGACGUUGUUUCUACUCCACAGGCAGACUGGGACGCCAGAGGCUACACAAGAGAAGAGGCUGCCUACCCAUUGCCAUUCUUGAAGACGUCCAAGUGCUGGCCUACAGUCGCUAGAUUGGACGACACCUACGGUGACAUGCAUUUGAUGUGUACUUGUCCAUCAGUCGAGGAAGUGGCAUCUGAACAAUAGGUUCAGAUUCAGUUCGUGUAUGUAUUUUAGUAUUUAUAGAUAGAAAAAAAAAUCGAAUAAGAGAUGUUUGACUUGGUGU